AUGACUAUGGAACUGGACUUCCCUCGUCGUCGUAUCUUCAACACUACGUUCUCUACCCCUGCCAACGCCACGGGCGCGUCAAAGCCUGUCUAUCAAAUUGUAACUUCACGUACAUGGGCAUUCUUCCCUGAUAAGACUACGAUUAUGCGCUAUAGCGAUGGUGAAUCGCAGAAUUGGUGUGUUGUCGCGGAGAUCAUUUGGAAUUGGCCGUCGCAGGAUAGGAGUUAUGUUCAUUAUGUUCCUUGGACGUGGAGAGGGAUUCUUGAAACCUACACCUGGCGCUCAUACGGUUUCGAGCCCACGCUGUACGACGCAAAAGGCAACAUAGCCGUAACGUACAAGCGCGACCCGGCCGGACUCCGUCCACCCAAUAGCCCAUCUCCACUCGGACAUCUCAAGUUCAGUCCCGAGAUUGCGCAAAAUCCAUCUGUGAUGGAUGCUAUGUUCACGUCGUUCUUCAUCUUCAAGACUUGCAGGGACGUGUCAUUCCCUUGGCAGAAGAAGUCGAUGAACCCUCAUGAUCAACAACCACCUAAGCAGAUGCAUGCAGUACUGCAACCGGUUGAGGAACAGAAGCCGGUGCAGGAGCAGACAAAGCAGGAAGGUGAGCCGACGAAAGAUGGUGAAGAGAAGAAGGAAGAAGAGAAGAGGCCGGAGAGUGGUCAACACCAGGAUCAGGCAAGGGUUGACAAGAAUCAAACUUUCACUGUAUCUGAGAUAAGUUACCACCAGAUCUGCGCAAUUUAUCUACCUGAGAUUGACUCCGCCUCGAUGCCGAUCUGGCAGUUUACGGUCCUUUUCAAGCGGGUCCAAGGAUCGAUCGCCACUCUCCACCUCACCACCACAUCUCCUAAUCACCACAUAACCAUCUCCGAUAUACAGAAAAAGUCAGAGAACACGUUCAUUCUUCUAUACACCAACGGUGCCUGGCAUAUGCGUACGCAUCUGGUUCUAACGUAUAAUCACAGCAUGCCCGUGUUUCGUAAAUCCCCGUCGUCAAAACAAAGCAUAAACAUCCUCCCUUACCUCCGGAGCGCCUCAUCGAAGCUCAGCCUCAGCGCACUAAGCUCCACCUCUUCCAUCGGCGCACUCUUCACUUCUUCCUCGCCCUCCACUUCCGGUUCUUCCCGGUCCUUAUUCAAGAGUGGCACACGAGGCAAAGAUAAAGAGAACACCUCUCCCACGCCCUCUCCGUCCUCAAAGGACAAGUCGAAGAAGGGGAAGAAGAAAAGUGGGGGUAGCGCGUAUCCCGAGAUCUCCGCACCGCAGUUAACGCCUGACUCGCUCGAAGCUGUCAAGGCGCGCUUCACGCUUAUACCACUUGCGAAGUCCGAGCCGUGCGUGGAGGAUGAAACUGACGUGGUUAUCGUUAGUGAGGUCGAUUAUUACGACAUGCCUAUCUCGAUUUCUGUACCUCAGAUCAAGAGGAAGGCUAGCCGGGCUGUGUAG